AUGGCGGCCUUCAUGAGGGGAGCGCGAGCCCCCUUCUUGCUGCUGAGGCCGGCCUUGGGCAGCGCGGCCGGGCGGCGAGGGGUCCGCGCGCUGAAGAGGAGCCCCGUCCGCGUGCUGCCCUCCGUCGCGGAGACGCGGGAGGAGCAGCGACGGGUCGUCCCCGGCCCCCCUCAGCUCAAGGCCGGCCCUUCGAAGAAGCCUCGAGACCAGGCCGGCUGGGAGAGCAAGGCCCCAAAGGCAGCGGCCGCGAAGGAGGAAAAGAAGGUGCCGGAACGCAAAGAAGCGGAACUUUGCUUCGAGAGGGCGCAAUCCGGAGACAAGAGACUUAGGCAAGGCUUCCGUGCGCGCGCGCAAGGCAUUCUGGGGGUUGGUGUUUGGCACGGGCGGAGCCGGGAAGCGACGAAUGGGAAAGGGACUACAACUCCCACCAGGCGCCACCAGGGCAGGCGAGAAAGGCCGCGCGCAAGGGCUUCUGGGAGUUGCAGUUAUGGGUGGAUGGGACACAGAAGGAUGGAAAUGUUUGUUGUAUUUGUUGUAUUUAAACCCCACCCUUCCUCCAAGGAGCAGGGUUCUUUCCCCAUUUUAUUCCCACACGAACCCUGUGAGGUUGAUUGGGCUGAGAGAGCAUGACUGCUUCACGGCUGAGAGGAUUUGAACUCUGGACUGCCAGUGCCUAAUCCAACACUCCAGCCGCUGCAGCACACUGGUUUAAUAUAAUACUAAUAUUAUUUAAAAUGAAUAAGAAGCGAUUUUAAACUACCUGGAAAAAAAGUGACAAAUGUAUACUAAAAGAUCAGGCAGUCUUCUCUGUCUGCUGAUUCGCAGCCUUGAGUAUUUGCAGUGUGAAAGAAAAAAAAGAAGGGAAGGGUAAAGGUAAAGGGACCCCUGACUAUUAGGUCCAGUCGUGGCUGACUCUGGGGUUGCAAUGCUCAUCUCGCUUUACUGGCCGAGGGAGCAAGCGUACAGCUUCCGGGUCAUGUGGCCAGCAUGACUAAGCCGCUUCUGGCGAACCAGAGCAGCGCACGGAAACACCGUUUACCUCCCCGCCAGAGCGGUACCUAUUUAUCUACUUGCACUUUGAUGUGCUUUCGAACUGCUAGGUUGGCAGAAUCUGGGACUGAACAACGGGAGCUCACCCCGUCGUGGGGAUUCGAACUGCCGACCUUCUGAUCGGCAAGUCCUAGGCUUUGUGGUUUAACCCACAGCGCCACCCAUGUCCCUUAGAAGGGAAGGGUAGAGGAAAGCAAACGAGCUGGGUUACUUGCCCCCUUGCAAUGAUGCUUUCUGGCAAGCAAGGCAGUGCAACUUCCCAAUGUCCCAAAGUCCACAUGGCUUUCAUUUAGUCAGUCUUCCAUGUGGCUCUGGAAGCAGGGUAAGGUUUGCUUCCCUCCCUCACCAUGGAUACACAGUCUCUCUAGUUUGUUUGUGUGUUUUUUUUGGUGAAAAAAGGCUGCAGAAGGAUGUGACAGAGAUUGGAUGGGUUGAUAUAGAAAGCUGCCUUAUAGCAAGACAGAGCAACCCAUCCAUCUAGCUCAGAUUUGUCUGCACUGCCUAGCAGUGGCUUUCCAUGACUUCAGGAAGGCAACACUCCCAGGAGACGCCAGGGAUUGAACCUGGAGCCUUGUGAAUGAAACGCUGAGGCUGUACAGUGGAGCUACAACCAUUCUCCUGGUAUUGUAAAUGGAAACAGUUGUGCACAUUUUGGAUUUGUUUCUGUUGGAAGAACCACCUCUGGUCUUCAAAUAAAAACAUCUUGAAGGUCCCAGGCCACAGAGAGGUUAGGCUGGCCUCAACUAGAGCCAGGGCUUUUUCGGCUGUGGCUCCGAUCUGGUGGAACGCUCUGUCACAAGAGACCAGGGCCCUGCGGGACUUGACAUCUUUCCGCAGGGCCUGCAAGACAGAGCUGUUCCACCAGGCCUUUGGCCAAGGCACAGCCUGACCCCCUCCUUCGGCAAUCUUCGCGGAGCUCUGGCCCAAUGGUUGCCAUUGGUUUGAUUUGAGUUAAUUUUAUAAUGAAUGAUUUUAGAGUGUUGUGUUGUGUUGUACUGUUGUACUGUUUUAUUGUUGUUAGCCGCCCUGAGCCUGGCUUCGGCUGGGGAGGGCGGGAUAUAAAUAAAAUUUAUUAUUAUUAUUAUUAUUAUUAUUAUUAUUGAGCAAGCCAAUGUGCUCUAUCGCUUUUGGUGGUUGUCAUCCUUUGGGGCCACAGAUAACAUUUGUCAGCCAGGCUGGGGAAGAGGGGGGGGAAAAGCUUGUGGGCUUGACGGAUCUGUUUCUCUGCAGCAAAGUGGUGACGCUUGCCAAGUCCAGGUCGUUUCGCGAGAGACACGGGAAGAUCCUGCUGGAGGGCAGGCGACUCAUCACCGACGCGCUGGCAGCUGGCGCCAUUCCCCAGACACUCUUCUUCAGCGCCAUAGAGCAUUUGAAGGAGCUGCCAGUGGACAAGCUGAAAGGCGCCAGCCUUGUCAAGGUGAAGUUUGAAGACCUCAAGACCUGGUCUGAUGUCAUCACAUCUCAGGGUGUGAUUGGUAAGUUCAUCAGGAACUGCCUUAUACACAGGCAGACCAUUGGUCCCUCUGAGCUCAGUAACGUCCACACUGGCUGGCAGCAGCUCUGCAGGGUCUCAGACAAGAGGAUAUUCCCAGCCCAAGCUGGAAGUGCUGGAAAUUAAACCAGGGAGAGGCUGAUACAGUGGUACCUCGGGUUACAUACUCUUCAGGUUACAGACGCUUCAGGUUACAGACUCUGCUAACCCAGAAAUAGUACCUCGGGUUAAGAACUUUGCUUCAGGAUGACAACAGAAAUCGUGUGGCAGCGGCGCAGCAGCAGUGGGAGGCCCCAUUAGCUAAAGUGGUGCUUCAGGUUAAGAACAGUUUCAGGUUAAGAACAGACCUCUGCAACGAAUUAAAUACAUAACCAGAGGUAUCACUGUACUUUGUCUCGGAGUCACAGCUCUUUUCCUGAAAUUAAAACAAGAUUCUAGUCCUUAUGAGGGGCUGGUUUAAAGAGGAACAUGGGAAGCUGCCUUAUACUGAGUCAGACUGUAUUGACCCUUCUAGCUCAGUAGUGUCUACACUGACUGGAAGUGGCACUCCAGAAUUUCAGGCACUCAUGGAGUGUGUGACACAGGGCCAGUAGGGAGUGUGGCCUGGGGAGAGGCUUUGGGAGAGUCUCGAGGGACCCAUUUGAGGCUGUGGGUCCACCCUUGUUCUAAAGGAAUCUUCCCUGACUGCAUUUCCUCCAGGAAUCUUCUCCAGACCAGACCACGCCAAAAUGGCAUACCCAGAAGUCCAGCGAGAACAUGCGCUGCCCCUCUCUCUGAUCUGUGACAACAUCCGCGACCCAGGGAACAUGGGCACCCUCCUGAGAUCAGCAGCUGGAGCAGGCUGCAGCAGGGUGCUGCUUCUAAAAGGUGGGGAGCGUCACUCUAUGGAUAGAUCAGAGCUGGGUUCCAAUUCCGCUUCUGCUCCUUGGGCAGGACCUGUUUGCGGUCUUCCCAGAGGCAGCUGGUUGGUCCCACAAGAGGCAGUGACUGCCACCAACCUGGACAGCUUUAAGAGAGGAUGAGGCAGAAACUGCAACAUGCCUUUGAAUAAUAGUUGCUGGAAAUUGCAGAUGGGGAGAGGACUCAGAAAUAUUACCUGUCCCUGGCUCUCAGGCUUCUUUCUCUUUCUCUGCAUUCUGUGGCCUGAUGGGAAUUAAUUGUCCCAAACUUGAAGGCAUCAGGCUGGGAAAGGUUUAUAUAGAAUAGAACCUGAUGGGUUUGGGGCGGUUUGGCUCCAAGGAGAUAAGACUGAUGAGUAACUGAGUUUUCUUCAUCAACAUGCCUGUUGCCAUUAACCCUUUAGCAAAGCAGCUUUUGUUAUGACACAUUUCCAAACCUAUGGCUGUAAGAUAUGCAGGGCCUCUCCAAAGCUGACCUGACUCAGGGACUUGAUAAGGCUUCAGAUAUGCAAAAGGGGCAGGCUUUGCUUCUGGAAAGCUUCCUCCUUUAAUCUUUUAAAGAGAUCUGUAGAAUUGGGAUUGCGACCACUUUCAUCAAAUGAGAAUCCACCCCCUCCCCAAAGGAAGUUUACUUUUCUAUCUAUAUUUUUGAAGCAUUUGUUAAAUUAAAAAACAACAAGACAUGCCUUUGGAAACGCCGUUUACCUUCCCGCCAGAGCAGUACCUAUUUAUAUACUUGCACUUUGAUGUGCUUUCGAACUGCUAGGUUGGCAGGACCAGGGACCGAGCAACGGGAGCUCACCCCGUUGCGGGGAUUCGAACCGCCGACCUUCUGAUCGGCAAGUCCUAGGCUCUGUGGUUUAACCCACAGCGCCACCGGCGUCCCACCCCUAUUGUCCUUGCAGCGUGUCAUUCUCCACAAGACUGCGCCAGACUCUUCUAACAUUUCUCCUUCUCCAUCUCCCCGUACUCCAGGCUGCGUCGACGCCUGGGAGCCCAAAGUCCUCCGGGCAGGGAUGGGAGCUCACUUCCGCCUCUCCAUCCUUUCCGACCUGGACUGGGGGGUCCUGCCAAGCUACCUCCUCCCCGACAGCUGUAUACAUGUGGCCGACUGCUCCCAGGCACAGGCCGCACCGGCAGUGGCAGAGAACGCCGCCAGCCAUGGCUGGGUCUCCCGGCCCUACAACCUGAAGGCGAAGCCAGCUCUGCAGGAUUGGGACCGUGAUUUGGAUGGCAGCGAAGACGAGAGGCAAGAAUCGGGCCGGCUGGAAGUCCAGCCUUACUCUGAGCCCUGGAUGGAGGGUCCCGCAACGGCGGUGGUGAUUGGUGGGGAGACCCAUGGCGUGAGCGCGGAAGCCAGGCAGCUGGCCCAGAGCACUGGGGGGAAGCGGCUGGUCAUCCCAGUGGUCCCUGGCAUGGACAGCUUGAACUGUGCCAUGGCUGCCAGCAUCCUCCUCUUCGAAGGAAAGAGGCAGAUGAAGCUGUCAGAGGCGGGGAGAAACCCCAUUUCCGGGAUCCGGCAGAACUGUUGA